AUGGUUCCAUUCUUCUUAAGCCUCGUCGUCUACGAAACUCUACCUACUCAUUGCAAGGCUUGUCGUGUUUUGAGGCACUCUACGACUUCUUAUGGUAAACGCCCGACCAAUGUGAAUCGGCCCAAUGAAUGGGCCGUUAAUGAGGCGACACAUGCGGAUCGGGGUAGAAUGAGUGUGUUUCGUAAGUCGGGCAUUGCUACUAUCGCUACAAACACCAUUGUGUCGUCGGUGGAAAAUCUUUCGACCCUAUGUGUUCGAAGCCAAUUCGUCGUUCCGGUGUGUGGGAGACAAUCGGGGGUAAAGCCAAAGCUAAGACCCGGUAGAACUACCAAGCUCAACAUCGAUAGAAUACUCCCGCUCGGCCUCGACGGAACGGGCAUGCUCGGCCUC